AUGGCAGAUUUUGUCAAAGAGUUAGAUUUAAUGAAACAAUAUUAUAAUGAAUAAAUUAUGAAAUUGUAAGAUUAUUAGGAAUGUGAAGCUUAAUAAUAAUUAUCUUCUAGAGCAAAUGAUUUAUUAAAAAAAUUAAGAUUAAUCAAAUAUCAACAACUAUUAAUUAAAAAUAAUACUUUUCAAAAAGGAAUUCGAAAACCAAAAAAAAUGAAUUCAGAAAUUCAUUAAAAUGCUUUCUCACUUAAAUAAUUACCUGAAGAUUAUAUUUAAGAUGAAUAAAGUUCAAUUUAAUAAGAUAUAUCAAACAAUAAUUUUUAGAAUAUAUAAAAUGAUAAUCAUCCUCCACAAUUUACAAGAAAAUCUUAAAGACUUAUGACAAGUGCAACUGAUUAAAAUUUUAGAAUCAAUGAAAAUACUAAUAGUCCAUCCUUUUCUGAAAAGAAUAUAGAAGAAUUUAAAAUAACAACAGAAGAUAUAGAUGAUUUAUUGAACUUACUAUCAGGGAAAAAAGAAUCAAUCUGGCUUCCAAAAUUUUUAAGAAGCAAUUAAUUAAUUAAUGAAUAAGAAGGAUUCAGUGUUGAUGCUAAAUAGUAAUGAUACCUAUAUUAUUGGAUAGAUUUUUAUUAUCUCAUUUUACACAGAAAUAAACAUCAUUUGAAUAUAUAUAAGAUUACUAGGAUAAAGUUUAAGAGGAAGAAUUGGAGAUUAUAGAUUUUAAUGCAAAUUUUUUACAAUAUUGUAGAAAUAAACUUUAGGAUAAUAUGCAAACAAAAAUCUUUUUUGAGAAUACAAUAAAUUUUUUCAAGAGAUUUAAAAUUGCACAAACUUUUAAGAUAAAUAAAUCUGAAUUAAUUGGAGAAUUUGCACUUAAAGUUGACAUGUCUUAUCAUAAUAAUCUAUAUCAUAAUUCUAUGCAUGCAUUAGAUGUAACAAAUUCAACUGCAUUUUUUUUGGAAAAUGGUUUAAAUGAAUUAUUAGAUGAAUUCGAAUAAGCUUGUUUGAUAAUUUCAUCUAUGGUACAUGAUAUAGGACAUCCAGGUUUAAAUAAUGGAUUUAUGAUGACUAACAGAUGUAAAUUAGCUUUGUUAUGUAUUUAUAUAAAUAUGUUAGAUAAUGAUUAAAGUGUACUUGAAAAUUAUCAUUCUUUUUUAUUGUUUUAAAUUAUAUCAUAAGAUUAAUUCAACAUUAUCUAGAAUUUAGGAUAGGUUGAAUAAAAAGGAUUUAGAAAAUAUUGUCUUAAUUUAAUUUUGGAUACAGAUCUUACAAGACAUUUUCAAUUAAUGAAUAGAUUCUAAAAUUAUUUAGAAUUAACAGAAACAUAAGACAUAGAUAAACAUUUGUUAAUGUCUAUAUGUAUUAAAUGUGCAGGUAUCAAUUAAACCUUCAUAUAAGAUGUUGGUCAUGGAGCAAAAUAAUUAAAAAUACAUAAAUUAUGGAGUCGUAGAAUAAUUGAGGAAUUCUUUUUAUAAGGAGAUUUAGAAUCAUAUUUGAAAGUACCUGUAUCACCAAUGUGUGACAGAAAAUAGUGUAUCUACAAAUCUUAAGAGGGAUUUCUAAAAGCUAUUGUUUUGCCGAUGUUUAAUGCAUUUGUUACUUUAUUGCAGAAGUACAUGAUAGUCUAACUCUGCAUAGUGAAAGGUUGAC